AAAUCUUGAAUUUUAGAAAUGGCUGAAGGGGAAGAAGAUGGUAAGGAAGAAGAAUAUGUGUACAGAAUCAGCAGAGGUGAGGAGUGGCAAGAGUUGCAGAGCUCGGGGUCCACUUUUGGUGGAGAGCUUGACAAGAAUUCUGGCUUCAUUCAUCUCAGCAAACUCAUUCAGGUACAAUCAACCUUGCAGAAUUUUUUUCUCAACAUCAAGGUGGAUCUUUACCUGCUACAAAUUGAUGCUAAAAAGCUGGGCAAAGGAUUAGUCUAUGAAGUUGUUGAUGGUUCCAAUAGCUUCCCUCAUUUCUACGGUCCAUCUCAAAGCUUCAGUCCUCUCUAUCUAGAUGUUGUUACAAAAGCAGAGAAGUUGUGUCUGUCAGGUGACAGAUUUAUAUGUAGUAUGUUGGAAUAAGCUGCUUGAGCUUUAUUCCCACAAAAUAAAAAAUAAAAAAACACCUGCUUGAGCUUUUAUGUGGUGUUCUUUCAUUUCUGCUUUAAAUUGUCAUUAUCCCAGCUGCUGCAAGUCCUAUGUAAUACCAUACUACCAAUAAAUUUUGACCAAAAAAAGGUAUUAACUGUUGAGGGCUUAUGUCCUGCUAAUGAUACAAAUGAAUUGACAGGGUUUUUUGUAACCACAA